AUGGAUGUCAAAAGCUUAAUUGAAGAUCUCCAAGCAAGCCUUACUUGCUCCAUCUGCUUGGGCUUCUUCACAGAUCCAGUGACUGCCAAAUGCGGCCAUAGCUUUUGCAAAGCCUGUCUUAGCUACUGCACAGUGAGAGCUCAGGAAACAUUAGCCUGCCCAGAGUGCAGAGCAGAUAUCAAUUAUGGCAGUGACCUGGUGAGCAACAGGUGUCUGCAGCAGCUGUCCAUCAUUACCAAAAUGCUCAGACCUCAUCUACUGCAGACCCUUGUGGGCCGGAGCAUUUGUGAGAAACAUGGAGAAAAGGAGAAGCUCUUCUGUGAGGAAGACCACAAAAUCCUCUGUGAUUCCUGUUCCUUAGCUCCAGAACACAAGAAUCACCAAGUUCUUCCCUUGGAAAAGGUGGUUGCCAAGGGCAAGGAGAAGCUCUUGGAGACACUGAAUAUCUUAAAAAAGAAACAAGAACACCUUCAGAAGAAACAGCUCUCUGUCCUAAGGACAUGGGCAAAAAGUAGGAAGCAUGGCCUUAAUUUCAAACGCUUACUUAUGUAUGAAUAUGAGACAAUGCAUAAGUUCUUACAGGAUGAAAAAAUUCUACAGUUACAAGAGCUGAACCAACAAUUCAGAGACAACCUGAUGAAAUUUGAGAGGAGCAAAGUCAAAUUAUCACAAGAAAUCCAAAAUCUGCAACAAAUGCUUUUGGAAGUGGAGAAGCAUUUGAAGGGAACACCCUCAGAAAUACUCCAGGAUAUGAAAGGCAUUUUGGAAAAGAGUGAGAAGCUACUAGUUCAAGAACCAAAGGUUGUCUCCGAGGCCUGGACCACCUUUCCCAUCACUGGCCUGAGAGAAAUGCUCAUGACCUUCUAUAGGGAUAUAACUCUGGAUCCUCUGACAGCCCACACUCAUCUCAUCCUGUCUGAAGACUUGAGGAGUGUCAAGUACACAAGCAUCCCCCAGGACCUGCCCAACAACAAAGAAAGAUUUGUCUAUUCUCUGACCGUCCUGGGAGCCCAGACCUUUACCUCGGGCCGGCACUACUGGGAAGUGGAUAUAGGAGAAAAGACAGAGUGGGAAGUGGGCAUCUGUGAAGAGUCAAUCAUCAGAAAUCGGAAGCACUCCCCAUUCCCCCAGGAUAUCAGGAUCCUAGCCGGCUGCAAAUAUCAAAAUAAUUUCUUUCUUUGGAAUUCAGAGAAAGGCUGUCGUUCAAGCCCACCUAUCCACAAAGUGGGCAUCUUUCUGGAUUACGAAAGGGGACAUGUAGCAUUUUACAAUGCCAUAGAUAGAUCUCUUCUCUAUAGCUUCCUAAACAAGGCAUUUCAAAGGCCUAUGCGACCUUACUUCUCUCCCUGUCUUCCUGAUGAAGAAAGCAUCCCUGGAUCUCUCAUUAUAUGCCCCAGGAGUACCCAGCAAAUACCUGAGAAGGAGGGAAAAUUCUGCUUGGAACUGAGGGAUUCCUCUGGGAUUCUUGUCUAUUAG